AUGAAAGGACAUCCUAUCAUAUACAUUAUUUGGUUUCUACAUAUUUUCCAUGUUAAUUUGGCUUAUUUCCACACUCCAUCAUAUCUUGAAUUUAAACCACCGGAUGUUUCUAAGACUUUUGGAUUCUCAAUUGGAUAUCAAUCAAAAACUAAUAGCUUAGUGGUGGGUGCGCCUCUGAGUAAUAGAGAUGGUAAGGUUUACUCAUGUUCCAUCGCUGAUCUUAAAAGAAAAACUACAAUCUGUAAGGACAUUGGAAUCGAUAUAGACAAAUAUGCUGGAAAUUAUAACAGAAGUGCCAGCCCUGAUCAAAAUUUUUGCCUGGGAGCUACUAUAUCUGUGGCGCCAGAUUAUUUCUUGACUUGUGCUCCAUUGUGGACUCAAUUAACAUUAAAUCGAAAAACGUGGUUUGGAGCUUUGGGGACAUGUUUCUUAUCUGAUGGUACAAAUAUUACCAGAUAUUUUGGUUUAACUGAACAAUAUUUUGACAUGCAAUCGGGCAAGACACUUUCGUAUGCCAGGCCCAGAAUAGUGAAUAUAUACGGUGGUAUCGGUUGGAGUACUUUAUCAGAUCCACUUAACAAAAUUAUUCUCAUUGCAAAGCCUAUGCUUGAAAGCAGCAUAAGUUAUAUAGACAUGGAUCAACCAUUAAAACCAGCUAUUGUAGUUAAUUUUCGGGGUCUCUUCAAUGGCUAUGGUUAUAAAGGACAAAGUUUCGCAAUUGGCAAGUUCUUCGAUAUCAAGACGACGUUAUAUGCUAUUAGUAUGAUUAGUGUAACUAAGCUUUAUGGCGCGAUUGGUUUCCUUUACUACGACAGUUUGUCAAAAACUAUAUCCGUUAUGCAAAAUAAUAGAGAUGCUAUUUUCAUAGAAGAUGAUGCGGUUGGAUCGAUGUUUGGUGCAGCAUUACAUAGUGUUGAUAUGAAUUCUGAUAGUUUUGUAGAGUUACUGGUCGGUGCGCCUGCGCAGAGUAAUACAAUCGAAGGAUAUGAACAAGGUGCAGUCCACUUUUAUAUAGGAGGGGGAAAGGCUGAAAAAAGAAAUAAGGCAAAUCUCUGUAUAUAUGGAACCAAAGAUGGAUCAAGGUUUGGGACUUCUAUUGCUUCAAAUGAUUUGGACGGAGACAGUUUACCAGAAAUUUUUAUAAGUGCCCCAUACGAAGGUACAGGUGUUUUGUACGUAUUUUCUGGAAAAGAAAUUACGUCAUUAUUAAAUAAAGGUCGGAAUGUUUUGGUUCAAAUACACGAUUUGAAAGAUAUACAAUUAAUUAAAAAUACAGAUUUUAAAGCUCUUGGCAUCAGUCUUCAAUCUUUGGUAGACAUUGAUAAAGAUGGUGGAAAAGCGUUAGCAGUAGGUGCUAUGAAUAGUAACAAUGUAGCAGUAUACAGAAGUAUACCAUUUUUAAACGUUACUAUUUCUGCGAAGAUAAUUGGUAAAGACGUUGUAAGAGAACGAGAUAUGAACUUCUCUGUUAAAGUAACUGUGUCUGUAACUUAUCCAAUAAAGCCAAAAGUUAUCGAUGGAAAACUUUUUGUUAGAACAAACAUAAAUGGAGAAGGUGCUAACAUAAUAAAAUAUGAUAACGAAGUUAUACUUUCGAAGAACGUUUCCUUGUUUACGAAAUACGUAAUUGUUUCUUUUAUAAAUGAAGAACCAGGAUUCUUUAAAUUCACUGCCAAUGUUGAAUCGGAUGCAGAAAACUUAAAACGGAAAGAUUUCGAUACUUCGUUAUAUAAAAUUAGUUCAUACAGCAGGACGAGAUUUGCAUUUGAUUUUGAGCGUCGAUGUAAAGACGACUGUGUUCCUAAAUUGUCUUUGACUUUUGAUUGGACUGGCAGAGAGGAUGAAUAUUGGCUGGGUUCGAGUACAAAUGAAAAUAUGACAUUAUUAGUGCGCAAUGAUGGCAACACUACGUACCAGUCCUGUGCAAGAAUAAAAAUAACUGGAGCACAGUUUAAACUACCGGAAUGUGUCGUAGAGUCCGAUGCUUGGUACAGAUGUGAUUUUACAGAAAUAAACAGACAUGAGACGUAUCCUGUUGAUGUUAUAUUUGAUAUGAGUCAAACGACAAAUCGAGAUAAAGAACUAGAAGUAAAGGUGAUGCUGUAUAAUAAUUGCGCGGCGAUUGGCAACGCGACUUUAACGGACAAAAAAGUUAUUACAUAUUAUUUGGACACCAGUGACAUACAUCUCGAUGGGAUUCAAUACGAUCGAAACGUAACUGAUCUUGUCUUAGAAAAUACAGAAUCUCCUUUUAUAGAUCUUCAUGAAGUAUAUACUGCUACUAAUAAUGGAACAGUUAUCUGGAAAGACCUUAAUGCUAUCAUAGUCUUAAAUAAGGAAUCAUUUAUCAAAAAUUAUGUAGUCAUUUCGCCAGAAGAAUUAAUUGUUCAAGAAGAAAACACAGAAGAAUAUAUAAUAAUUACGUGUAUAUUUGAUCUGAAUCCGAAUUCGUCAAUAAAAAUUUUGACUACUUUGAACAUCAUAAAAGAGAAAAUUAUGGAUAAUUUAAUCGAUGGCGAGUUAAAAGUGACGUCAAAUUUUACCUUGUAUUUAAAUCCGACAGAUGAGAUUCUGAAUAAAUCAUUAACAACGACUGUCAAAUAUCAAGUAGAUACAAGUUUCGGCCACAACAAGAGUCUCAUCAUCUUGGUAUCUGUGUUGUUAGCGUUAUUCGUUUUGUACGUGGUCAUUAUGGUUCUACGAAAGGUUGGCUUUUUCAAAAGGGAAGAUAAGACCAAAUUGGAUGCUUUAAAGGAGGAAAUAAGGAGGGAGAGCAUAAGGAGAGAGAGCACUGCUGGUUUAGAAGUUGUAGAAAACGACAUACCUUUACAAGAUGGGAAUGUUGGGAAUGCUAGUGAUUCAGUCGCUUUAAUAGAAGAGGAAAAUCUC